AUGGCACUCAAACCUCUUCGUUUCUUGUCAAAAUGUCCAUUUGACAACCACCUCUUUAGCAAUGAGAUUGUUAAAUUGCUCGCCGACUUUAACCAUAAUCUUCAGCUGACCGAGCUCACCGACAAACCCUUUAAACUGCCCCAUCAUGCCAUCGAUGACUCUACCAUUGACUCAAUCUACUCACAACUAGCCCAAGAUGCAUUACUAUCAACUUUUAACAACAACAAAGGUGUUUGCAACACUGACAACACACAUUGUGUCAUUGAUGCAUCUUUUUUGACUGUUUACAAUGAUGGUGGUCAUGAUUCAACCAAUUCUACUCCAACAACAACAACAACAACAAUCAUCCCUAUCACAAAUGAUUGUAUCGAUUAUGUCAUUCAUCAUCACAUAUUACAAAAUGAUCUUGUCAACAAAAGAGCUGUUUUGACAAAUAGAUUAUUCUAUACCAACGAUGGUUCAACCAUCCAAACAUUUCAAGAUUGUCUAGAUGACAACAAAGAUACUUUAAAACAAAUCUGGAAAAUGGAUCAAUUACUACCAUUAAAUGUAAAUGGUCCAUCAUUUAUUGUAAACAAAAGAGAUGUUGUCUAUUUUAAAAUGGCUAAUGUUGCCAGAGACCAUGAAUACAAUGGUUUGUUUGAAAUUCAUAUUACAGUUCAUCACGAUGGAUCACAAGCUAGAUUAGAGACAUUUAAACAAGUUUGUGAAACUAUAAAGUGUAAACCUGUAUUUAUUGAACUACCCAAAGGUGAUUCACCAACUCAAAUGAUGACUUCAUCGUAUCAUAGAGGAUCAAUGCUGGAAUUACAAAUAUUAGCAUAUAAAUUGGCAAGAGAAUUAACAUCCAAUCAAUAUCAAGUCACAAGAGUAAAGAUUGAAGCAAUGUUUUCAAAUGAUGGAGCUCCGAUGGAGGAUGCCGAUUGUAAAUUGGUAUCACCAGACAAUUACUUUGAGUUUCAUAUCAAACUGGUACUUGGUCAAUCGACAGACUAUGAUAGUCUUGGUAGAUUGGUAUCAAAACACCAAGCUCAUUUGUCAAAGAAUGCAUUUAGACAGUUGGAUAAUGGAUUGACCCAAAGAUUUGUUACCAUGCGUAUGUACAAUGUCGGCAAGAUUACCGCCGAGAAUCGUUACAAUGCUUGUUUGGAGGAUCUAGAAGUUGCAGGUUAUAAAAUAACCACUAAAAUGAGAGAAUACUCCAUCUAUGAUACUAAUGUCCUUUUAGAUAAAGUAAACUCAGCGAUAUGGAUGAUCCAACAAUAUGGCCUUCCACUUGACAUGUCUCAAACUGGUCUAUGUAGUGCUGGUGGAGGUAUUUUUACCUGUGGAAAUGCUGGUGCUGAUGGACCAUACCGUAUAACGCAUUUUGAAUAUAAUGGUCCAUUCGCUAGAAAUAAUGGAAUGCCAUCACCAACCUAUCAAUUAAGUUUGACGGCACUUCUCUAUUUUAGCUAUAGGUCAGCAGACUUUCUUGUAGCCGACACAUCAUUGGCUCUAUUCGACUCUAUUGCCACUUCUUUUCCAAAGCUUCAAACACUCUAG